AAGAUCUACCGUUGAUUUGAAUCUAUUUUACCUAUAAACCAGGAAGUAAAUAAGAUAAAACAAAAUCUCGUAAAGUCUCGCAAAGUCUCGCUUUAUCAAAGUCCGACAAGGCGUCCCAGGCUUUGAUAACACGUUAACGUGACGGCACACCUUGUCAAAACAGAUGUCAUCAUCGAAAUUCCAUACACCACCAACAGCCCAGCACUAUUUGGUGUGCGGCACUGAAGACUGUGAAAAGAAGUGCCAGUUUAAAUGCAAAGAUUGUCACCUACCUAUGUGUGAACAAUGCAGAGAUGAACAUCAGAAGAGUCCAAAUACCAAGAAUCACGAAGUGGUUCCUUACAGACAUACCAAACGGCAUCUUCCUGUGGAGAAAUGCAAAGAUCAUCCGACUAAAGAUAUAGAUAUGAUUUGCGAGGACUGUCAAAUUUCAGUAUGUUCCAAAUGUGCAAUACAAGACCAUAGAAGACACGCCCUGAAUGAUUUAGAGACAAUUUAUUCACAGAAUUUCACGCUCUGCUUAGAUAAUAUCAGUAGGAUUCAUCAGUACUUUAUCUCAAAUUCACAAAAUAUGCAGAAAGAUAUAAAAGAAAAUAUCAAAGAAAUGAAAGAAAUCAUUGAUAACGUAAGAAGAUCACUAACUACAGAAGCCGAAUCUUUGAAACGUUUGGUUGAUACAGUGACGUCAGAUAACAUAGAGCAAGUAAACAAAAUGGAAGAGUCACUAAAGGAAGAGCUUCAAAGUCAGGACAAAACUUAUCAAGAUUACAUUUCCUAUCUUGAGGAUCUUGUCAAAGAAUAUGAUGGCUACCUUUCUUCUGCUGAACUUCAUAACAAUCCAAUUAUUUUUUCUCUUUCUGGCCACAAUAAAAUCCAACCCAUACCAGAGACCACCAAACCAGUCCUUCCAGUAUUCACUGCUGGUCAAUACAGCAAGGAGGAUGUUACCAAACUACUGGGUAAAGUUAAUGUUCCCGGCACUAAACCAGAGAACAGAAAGAUAAAAUCCAUGGAGAAUGCCUCUACUCAGUAUAAUAAAGCAAACGGUUAUUUCUUAUAUUUAUUGAUUUUCUUCUUACUGUAUUUCAUAUUCAUACCAGAUUUAGAUGUUGACCAUUUAGGGAAACAGAGGAAACCAGCACUGUCUCUGUCUUCCUCUGUCAUCAAGGUCAUGGAGUACACUGUACCAGGUGUUUACAAUGUACGUCACAUAUCACUUGGUAAAGCAGGCAGACUUUGGGUCAGUGAUGAUCGCAAUAAUCUUGUCCAAACAGAUCGAAUGGGGAACCAGCUACAAAAGAAAACGACCAGUGCAGAAUAUGGCUUUUAUACAGUCACACAGGAAGGGGAUCUAAUUUAUACAGACGCAAAUAAUAGAGCUAUCAACAGGAUAACACAGGAUAAAACGAUCACUACAUUUUUUAAAACUGGAGACUGGGAACCAAUUAGCAUACACUCCUCCCACAUCAACGGGGACAUACUGGUGGGGAUGGUAACGGAUGAAAAGGCUAAAGUCACCAGGUACAACAAGAAGGGAGAAGAAAUACAGAACAUACAGAGGGACAAAGAUGGAAAUGAACUUUAUGAUUAUCCAUACUACAUCACAGAGAACAUCAAUGGUGACAUCUGUACAACAGAUUAUUACAACCAAGCUGUAGUGGUGGUUGAUAAAUCAGGACAAUACAGGUUCUCCUACAAAGGUCAGGGGACAGACUUUCGUCCCUAUGCCAUUUGUACUGAUCUCCUUGGUCACAUCAUCGUUUGUGAUGGUAUUUCAGUUUACAUCCUUAGUCAGGACGGCCAGUUAUUGUCUCUACUCACAACACAACAAAUAGUAGGGUAUCCCAGUAGUUUAUCUGUGGAUGACCAGAACAAUCUACAUGUGGGUCAAUAUAACACCAACUUAAUGAGACAAUAUUACACAAACACAGUGACAGUGUACAAGUAUCUACAGUAAUUAUCAUUCUUCAAAAGUACUUAAUAUUUACAAAUGUGGGAGAACAGAUUUAUUACUAUAUUUCAAAUAUAUUAAUUCGUUUUUUGAUUUUCUAUUUUCGUUUUGUGUAGUAUAUUCUUAAGUAUUAUUCAUCUAAAGAUUUAUUGCGCGUAUGGUUCUUUAAUUUCAUUGGUUCAUAUUAUUAUCCAAUAAAUUUGAUUCUCUAUUAGUAUAACUAGUAUAAGUAAUCGUUCAAACUAAGUGAAAUUGGGCAGUAUUUCAUUUUCAACGACGUCGGACAAUCUAGUGUAAAUCAGCUGCAUCUUGAGGUAUGUUAAUAUUAUAUUUAGUUAUAUAUUUCUUUACUACCGUGAUAGUGAUUAGGGCAUUAUCUUUUUAAUUGCAAGGUUUAUACUUUACCAUAUUUUUGCAGUUAAACUUGCCAUUGUAAUUUCUAAAACUUUUUUGUAAGUUCUAAUAUUAAAUUGCUACAAAACUUGUUUUUACCUUAUAAAUGAAUACUGCAGU